AUGAGUAAAAAAGUAAACAUUAACGAAAAUAAUAAAAAUAAAAAUGAUUGUAUAAAAGAGUUGAAAACAAUUCCUGGUGUUGGUGUGAAAAUCGCUGAAGAUUUAUGGCAAUUGGGCAUACGAAGUAUAGAUGAUCUAUGCUUAACAACAGCCGAUAUUUUGUACGAAAAAUUAGAACACCAUCAAUCUCAGCAUGUUGAUCGCUGUAUGUUAUAUGUAUUUCGUUGUAUUAUUUAUUAUGCUUCAUAUACUAAACAUGAUAAAGAAUUAUUAAAAUGGUGGAAUUGGACAGAUGAAAAAUUGAAAACAAGAACCUGA